CACAAUACACGAGAAGACGGAGACAACAUUGAGCGAGGGAAAUUUAGAAGUUCCUGAGAUUUUUUACAGAUCAUAGGAAAAGCGUAGUGGCAGAAAACUGAAGAAUUUUCACAGCCAUUCAUAUUCAUUCCUUAUCUCAUAUUCCUGCUUGCUUCAAGUUUUUCAACUUCCAGCCAAGUUUGCAGUAUUUGGGCCAGCGUCUGGAAACCCCUGCUGUCAUUUAAGAAGAGAGAGCAACGUAGACCAAGUCACAGAUUGAACAAUGACAUAGAUAAGCACGCAAAGAUCAGUUGCCAUGGCGAUAGAUCCAGCACGGGCCCAGUACAAUAGUUUAGAGAGGAGACGCAGAAUGCUCCAGGAAGAAGAAACUCUCCCACCAUUCCCUGUGUCAGACAUGGAGGAGUCUCAGGGAGAUGGGGUAAAGACGCCAGACUCUGGGAUAGAACACGAUGACAAAGCAGACGACGGGGAGCAAAGCCCGUCUGAGGAGGAAAAGAUUGCCACCCCUGUGUUAGCAGAGCUAGAAGAGGAAUGUAAGGAUGAAUUAGCCAUGUUGGACACUGCCAUGCGUCAGUUGAAGGCAAAUAAGGCAAACAAAAUGGAAGCUAAUAAAGCUAAAGAAAAUGAGUUUUUUGAUCAGAUCGAGGUGACAGAGAUUGGGAAGAGCUACAAGGUGCAGACAGAUAAGCCACACUUGGUCAGUCUUGGAAGUGGAAGACUUAGUACUGCUGUCACCCUACUGCCCUUACCUGAAGGUGUGACCAGUAUUGGUACAGCAGAGAACAAUGAUAUUGUGAUCCAAGGCACAGGCUGUGAGGCAGACCACUGUACUGUAGAGAACUGUAACGGCCUGGUGACGCUGUACCCUGGUGCAGACCUGUGCUCAGUGGACGGACUCAAGGUGAACAGACCCACCAUUUUAUCACAGGGGUGUAUGCUGUGUCUGGGGCGUUCAAAUUACUUUCGUUUCAAUCAUCCUCAAGAGGCAAUACGCAUGAAAAAUGCUCUUCCCAAUCCAAGGAUAUCUAUGGCUCCUAUAGGAUUCCUGCCAGGACUAGAAUCCAAUCCAGACUAUUACAAGAAUUUGGCAGAGAACAACCGCAUGCCUACAUUGGAUCAAAUACAACACAGUGUACAGAGCCAGAGCAGAACUGAGCAAUCUUAUGGACAAGGUUUACAUAAUAUUCAGAAAUCAUCAGGAAACUCUUAUGGUCCAGGAGGUCAGAAUAAUCUCAGUUACUCUUCAUCACCUGGAGGUAGGAAUAAUUUGAGUUACAGUCCUGCGCAUAAUAGUGGGACGUAUACUACGUUUCAUGAGGGUUAUUCUUCUUCACCUGGAGGUUGGAAAGAUUCAUCUUUAUUGGAAGGAAGGAAUGAUCUAAAUCAAACACCGCAAGCUGCUGAAGGAAACUCAGAUGAAACUAUUUUUAACCAUCGAGAUAAUUUAGAAAAGGAAAAUUUUGUGUCAAAAAUAAGCCGUUUUGAAGCACUAACACACAGUAUGGCAAACAAAGCACCACCGCAUGUAAAAGGUAUUCAGAAAUAUACCUAUCUAAACACUUCUGGUUCACCACCAAAUAUCUAUCAACAACACAUGGGGGAGAAAGUGUUCACGAAACAGACGUCCACCACAAGAGUGUCUUUAGAUAACAAUACAGCAGACAGAAUUGGAAGCAUGGCCAGUACUGCUAGUUCCAGUUCUUUCACCAGUGUCAGCAGUGCCAGCUCUAGUCAAAGUAACGAUACUGUAAAGUCCGAGGAACACGUCAUGCGUAGUCGAGGUACAGUCGGUGCCAAGCAGAAUUCUGUGGCCAGUAUUGUGAGUACGGACACUUCAAUAUGGGGCAGUACCAGUACGAUGCCUGAUAACUACCUCCAGGAUAUGGCACGGCUCUCAGAGAACCGGGACAGUGUGUUCAGUGAUAUCAGUGACAUCAGUGAGCUGACGGAGAGUCAGUUGGAGCUGUCGCUGAAACACAAACAGAUGAAGGAGGAGAGGGUGAAAGAGCAAGCCCAGGAGAAGUUUGAGCGGCAAAGACUUGAGGAUAUUCUCAGUAUGUGUGCAGAGUAUGAGAGGCAGCUGGAGAAGGAAAAAGGUGGUAGCAAAGAUGGCCCCCCUUACUCCACUCCUACUCCACCUAGUUCUCUGUACUUUGAACAGUUAAGUGAUGGCUCUGCUAACUCGUUGGAGAGAAAACGUAUCAAGACCAACGGAUCCUUACUGUCCUCCCCCACCUCAUCAGUGCAAAAACUCUCGUCACCCACCACAGGUCAAGGACAGUUCUCAUCAAGUCCAGGUCAAGGUCAGGCCUUUGACUUCAAGGUCAUGUCAAGGUCAACUUCAUCCACUUCAGAGGACGAUGUCGACUCGGGCACCAUCAAACGUAAGCCUAAGGUGCCCACAAGUCUGACCAAUCAGGAGAAAUAUGACAAUGUGGAUUACGAUUAUGUGGCCGAGAGAGACCCUGAGGAGGAUCCUAGGACUCCCACGGCAGCCUCCCCAGAGGCGGGUCAGGUCAAGGACAGCGCUGUUGAGGAGGAGGAGGUGGAUAUAUUUGAAUGUGUUAAGCAGAAUGUUACACAGAGAUUAAUAACAGAGGCGGAGACGUCGCGGGAGGAGGAGGAAGAUGGUGAUGAAGUGGAACAUGCUCAUGUGGAGUCUUUAAGUGUGCAGCUUAAAGAUGUGGAAAGUGCCAAAGAAUCUGUGACAGAGCAGGCUUCUCCAGCCAGUGAUCAGAGCAUUGGUGUGAAGUCCUCCAGUGGAGUGGAGACCUCUAGUGACCACAGUCUAGCUACAUCAGAGGAAAAUGACAGAAGAAUCCAGCUGGAGAAGUUGAAGAAGAUGCGUGUGGAUGCCGUGAAUACCAUCACAGAUCUCAAGCAGAAGAUAGUGGACAUUGAGGGGCAACAGAAUGAAGCCAUAAGAGAGCUUGAGAUGGAGCGGGCACUGCUAGAAGGAGAACAUCAGACGGAAAUGGUGCAACUUCAGCGAGAGCAGGAUCGCAUUAACAGUCUCAAACAGAAACAAUUGGAGCUCAUAGAGCGCGCCACUGCUGAGAAAGAGCGGAAAAGAAAAGUGCGGUUCACAACACAGCUGGAACAAGAAAAGAUGGACGCCGAGCGUCACAAGCUGCGCGAGCUAGAACAUAAGCACUAUGAGGUAGAGCAACAACUUGAAUGCUGCUCGCGGGAGGAAGAACCUCUGCUACUGGAUGAGCUUCAAAAGUAUCAGGAUGCAAUAGAAAACCAGCGUAAAAUCUUCGAUGAUUUAGAAUUUCAGCAACUGGAGGUAGAGACGAGGUACGAGGAAGAGAGAGAGGUGGUCCAGCAGCAGCUACUGCAGGAACAGAACCAACUGCUGGGGAAAUACAAGGCAAGAGAGGAGAGGCUCCACCAGAUUGACAAGCAGCAGAGGGAUAUGCUGAAACAAGUCAAAGUGGACAUAGAAGGUUUGGAGACAGAACGACAGAAACUGGUGGAAGAGUUUAGAAAGGAGAAGGCCACACUCUCGACCAUUGACAGAAAGAUCCGAGAGCUGUCCCGUAACAACUCCACAUCUCCGCCUGGUGAUACCAGCUCAGCAAGUGCCAAAUCUUCAGAUACAGAAUAUGAGAUGAAAGUGAAUGAGGAGUUCUUCAGACGACUUCAAGAGGAGGAACUAAAGACGCCCACCAACGAGAUGACCAUGGAGCUAAGUGACAAGUUGGCAAAGACAUAUCUCAGUGACGACAAAGGGGCCAAAUUCAUAGAAGAUCAGAAAAAAUACCUGGAGGAUUUGAAACGGAGAGCGACCCAGGAGGGUCAUGUUCAGUGGGCAGAGAUGCACCAGAGAGAGGCCAAGGCACGGAGUUAUGGGUCAGUGGAGUCCGAGGAAGGCAGUGUGGACAGUGGAAGCACACCCUCGGACAAGGCCACCAGCCUGAGCAGUGGUGAGGACCACCUGGAGAAGUUGACAGAGAUGGAGAGGACACUGUCCCAGGCACAGACGGAGAAGAUAAAACAGCUGGAAAACCAGGUCCAGUUCAGAGAGGCUGAGAUGCGCCAGUUGCUGGCAGAGAGGCAGCGUCGAGAGGACCUUGAGCGUCGUCUGCAGGAUGAGAUAGCAAAGCGUGAAGAGCUGGUGGAGCAACAAGUGAAAAUGAGGGAGAAGCAAAGGCAGCAGUCCCGUCCAUUGACAAGGUACCUUCCUGUAAAAAGCAAGGACUUCAACCUCCGUCUCCACAUAGAGAGUGCCGGUCACAACCUGGAGCUGUGUCCUCACGUCGUACUGGAUGCGGUCAGCUGUAAGGGCUACCUUCACAAGAUGGGCAAUAGAUUCAAAACGUGGCAUAAACGUUGGUUUGUGUUUGACCGCGUGAGGCGGUCAUUUUUAUACUACACGGACAAGUCCGAAGCCAAACCCAGAGGAGGGAUGUACUUUCAGGCCAUCGAGGAGGUGUACGUGGACCAUUUAAGAACUGUGAAGAGUCCCAAUACUAAAUUGACAUUCUGUGUGAAGACUUACGAUCGCACGUAUUAUCUAGUCUCGCCGUCUCCCGAAGCUAUGCGGAUAUGGGUAGAUGUGAUAUUCACAGGUGCUGAAGGGUAUACAGAAUUCCAGUCUUAACCCAUCACCCCUUACACAACAAAAAUGAACUCAUCCAGCUUGUUCUGUAAUACAGACAGGCAGAAUAGUAAGCUCUCCCAGUAGGGGUGUUGAGAUCUUAAACAGGGUAAAUAGUGGCUUCUAAUAGUGAAAGGGGGUUUGUAUCACCACAUCAGUAUAUGGCGAUGUGGAUUUUAUAACCUUGACCUUAAAGGUCAAUAUACUGACCUUGACCCAAGAGCUUUCAACGUCCGUAUGAAGAGCAAAUUUAACUGGAAGCUUCGAACUGCAUGCCACAGUUCAUAUCGGUCUGAAGUUGGUAAAGAAAAAAGGUGAAGAGGUUGCAGACAUCAGAGAGUGAAGAAGACUUACAUUGGUUUAAAAGACAUAGAAAGAAGUGGAGAAUGAUCAAACUGAAGCGAGAGAUUAUUUGUCUUUGAUGACAGAAAUACAUAAGCAAGCAAAGGGAAUUCCCUGCUGGCCUGCAUGCAUAAGCACUGCUGUUCAAUUCAUGGAGCUUCAUAUAAGUAUGAAAAGACAUUGACGUGUGUGACUGUCACUGACAUUACUGUAUUUUUAAGUGCCUUAUUUGGUUGAAGCUGGGGUUAAGAGCUUGCAAUCUUCACUGAAUUCUGUUCAUAUCUGUUAUUUAUGUACAACUUUUAGUAUAACUGUUUGACCUUUGCACUUUUGUUACACAUUAGACGUAAUCAAUUUUGAGUGAAAUGAUUUUAUAUCAGAGUGCAUAAUUUUAUUUUAUUUUUUACUAUGAAAAACUAUGUUAUCCUACAUUUUAGUCUUUAAUCAUCUUCAGUGGUGUUCGUUUUUUUUUUUUUUUUCUUUUUUUAUGGACCCUUCCUUUGCAACUGCAAAUAGGAACUGUGACUUCCUGUUUCUCAGAUCACUACUUUAUGUCUCAUAUUUUUGUUGCCCCCUAAAAUAUUUUAAAGAUGCAACACAGAUUUGCCUUUUAAAAUGCAACAUGUUACUAGCACAUGUAGAAUAAUGUCUUAAUUUAAAAUGCAUCAAAAUAACAAAAAUUGCACUGAAAUUGCUUCUAAGGGCACAAAGUCAAAAGCAUAUGAUUAGUGUCAUUUGAAAUAAACAGCAUUUCUGUUGGACUUUGGACAAAAUCUAUUUACAAACUACCUUUCAGAAUGUAACCUGUUGGUAACUGGUGCCCACCUGAGUGUUGUUUUGCACUCACUUUUGGCAUUUGCUUGAGUGCAGCUCACUAGAUUUUGUGCCCAGGAAGUAACACAUCUUGUUUUGAAAUUCAAGCAUAGAUAUAAAAUAUUGUAUCUUAAAUUAUUUAAUUUUCCAUAAGUUAUUUAAAUUUCCAUUCAAAUUAAAAAGAAAGAUGGUCCUGGAUCAAUAAAGAAAAUAUUUUCUCUCUGUCCUUCUGACAUAUCACACUUCACAGUACUUUUAAACAAAUGCAGUAUUUAGAUUAUAUUUUUGCCACAAGUGCAUUUACAGUAGAAUAUUGACACAUUUGGGCUGUUCUUAUAUAUGUACACUUUUAUUCUUUGGUAUUGCUCUUGACUUUCAAGUGUAUUUUGUCAGAUUGAAUCCAUAGCUACCUACACAAUGAAAUCAUUACUUCAUCUUUUUCCAAGCAAUAGGGUGUCUUUGGUGGUAAGGACCAAUGUGACGGCAUUGUUCAUACCAUCAUACUUAGAUUGCUUCCAAAUACAGGUUUUUAUUAUGACAGAAACUAAUGAUGAGUUUGAUCAUCUAAAGUUACAAGAAUAGUGCUCUGGUAUUAUUAAGUGCUCUGAUUUUCAAAUAGAGAUAUACUAAUAUUUUAUAGGAACUUUCCCAAAUGAGCAGAUCAUUACUGAGAUUCUAGAAGCUAUGUAAAAUUCUAGAAUAACCAUAUCACAUUACUUCUAUAUCGCCUGCAAUCCACCACCUCCAGUCGUUGCUUAGAAGUGUUUUACACUGUAAUGCCAUUGUGCUUCACCUACACUACAAUAUCAAUUGUUUGAUACCUGUUUAUAUAAUUAUAAUGACCAGUUUUGUGAAUUAUUGGCACUUAAAGAAUGUUUUUCCUAAGAUACUCUUGUAAUACGUUGACAACACUGGCACUGUACACAAUACAUUUUAUAGUUCAUUUUAUGCAAU